AAAGGAGUGGUCAAUGGCGUCUAAUUAUGGUUGACAGACAUGCACUAAACUGCGUCUUUUUUCCCCAAACUGUCUCGAAAUGCGCUCAAAACAAGAAUGUUACUUUAAAAUAUCAUUCUUUAUCAUUUCAUUUAACUAAAUAUUGUGUAUUUGAGUUAACUUAGCUCAGUUCCUCUAACGUUAUUAGCGAAAUAAACGUUUAAAACGUGAUUAGCUUCAGAAAUGAGACAAAGCGACGUUCAAAAUGAAGAAAGCUUGAAGAAAAUGGAGCUAGUGAACCGAGGAGCCCCCCCAACAUUGGGCCCUGCCUGCACCUGCAGACCCAACUGAUGGCUGAAAAGCUCUGAGGAAAAGGGGGGAAGUGAGCCUGAGCUCAGAAGAGGCUUGGAUUCAGUUUAAGAGCAAAGCUUGCACAAGAUGGUCGAGGUUAGAGAGUGUCAUCACAUUGGGGAGAGGAUUAGAGGAGAGAGGUUGUCUUCCAGGAGCUGUGUGGUCCCCCCUACUCUUGAAACCAAGUCCCAGCACGAAGAUACAAACCCCUCUAUGAGCGAAGGCAGAUCUGGUCAAGAAGCGUGGGGAGGAAUCGUAUCCUUGCCUCUCAGUCAGCCAGCACUUUUCUCUCCUGCCUUCCAGUCCACCGCUGCUGCGAGAGCUGCACAAGUGUGAGUGAGCGGCCCGGCUGGUUCUCUCCCUCCCCUUCUCUCCAUUAAUCUCCUCCAUCUACCCAUCCUCUGGCCUGUUGUUUCAGUCGCCAUGCUGAUUCACUGGCUGUCCUGGUUGGCCCUCCUGUCGCUGGAUUGGGCUCCAGGCAGCUGGGCCUUCACCACCACCAGGGCUCAGGGCCUCAGGGGUCGCGUCCAGAAAGACCGCAGAAACAUCCGGCCCAACAUCAUCCUCAUCAUGACUGACGAUCAGGAUGUUGAGUUGGGUUCUCUACAGGUAAUGAAUAAAACGCGCAAGAUCAUGGAGGAUGGUGGCACUUCUUUCACCAAUGCCUUUGUCACCACACCCAUGUGCUGCCCGUCACGUUCUUCCAUGCUGACGGGCAAGUACGUCCACAACCACAACACCUACACCAACAAUGAGAACUGUUCCUCCCCUUCCUGGCAAGCUCAGCAUGAGCCGCGCUCCUUUGCAGUCUACCUCAAUGAAACUGGCUAUAGAACAGCCUUCUUCGGCAAGUACCUCAAUGAGUACAAUGGCAGCUACAUCCCACCUGGGUGGCGCGAAUGGGUUGGAUUGAUCAAAAAUUCCCGCUUCUAUAAUUAUACUGUCUGUCGGAAUGGUUACAAGGAGAAACAUGGUGCUGAUUAUGCCAAGGACUAUUUCACAGACCUAAUCACCAACGACAGCAUCAGCUUCUUCCGCAUGUCCAAGAAGAUGUACCCGCACCGUCCCGUGAUGAUGGUCGUCAGUCACGCUGCUCCUCACGGCCCAGAAGACUCGGCGCCACAGUAUGCCGAAUUCUUCCCGAAUGCUUCGCAGCACAUCACCCCGAGCUACAACUAUGCCCCGAAUAUGGACAAACAUUGGAUCAUGCAGUACACGGGCCCCAUGAAACCGAUCCACAUGGAGUUCACCAACUUCCUCCAUCGGAAAAGGCUACAGACGCUCAUGUCUGUGGAUGAUUCAGUGCAGAAGAUUUAUGACAUGUUGGAGGAAACUGGCGAACUGGACAACACUUACAUCAUUUAUACAGCAGACCAUGGAUACCACAUUGGUCAGUUUGGGUUGGUCAAGGGCAAGUCAAUGCCUUAUGAUUUUGAUAUCCGUGUACCAUUUUUCAUGAGAGGACCGAAUGUGGAGCCCGGGGCAGUAAACCCUCAUCUGGUGCUAAACAUUGACCUGGCUCCCACAUUUCUCCACAUUGCUGGACUGGAGAUCCCUCCAGACAUGGAUGGAAAGCCCAUCCUUAAAUUGCUGGAACAGGAACGGACUGGCAACAGAUUCAAACCAAACCGGAAACCCAAAGUCUGGAGAGACACAUUCCUUGUGGAGCGAGGGAAGAUCCUGAGAAAAAAGGAUGACUCAGUGAGUACUCAACACAGCAACAGUCUCCCCAAGUACAAGAAGGUCAGAGAGACUUGCCAGCAGGCUGAAUUCCAGACACCGUGUGAACAGCCCGGACAGAAAUGGCACUGCGUUGAGGAGAUCACAGGGAAGUGGAGGAUACAGAAGUGUAAAGGUGGUUCCAAAGAAGGCUCCAGGAAGAGAGCCCGCAGCCUGAAGCCCCGUAACAGUUUCGACAACAGGGAGAGGGCCUGCGACUGUGGAGACGCACAGUACAAACCAUCCAAGACCGAACGCCGCUCCCACCGACAGUUUCCUUCCUCAACAAGCCGCCGCUAUCGCCCACGUUUCGUCCACACUCGACCUGCCAGGUCUCUGUCUGUGGAGUUUGAAGGUCAAAUAUAUGAUAUUGACCUUCAGGCAGAUGAUCAGUCAGCUGUCCGUCCUCGUGUCAUCUCCAAGCGUCACUACAACCCAGAGGAACCGGAAUAUGAGCUGGGGUCUGACGACGGUUCAGAGGAGAUGCUGGCAGAUGAUACAAAUGCAGUCGGAUACCCGAACUCUGUGAAAGUUACCCACAAGUGUUACAUCCUCGUAAAUGACAGCGUCCACUGCGAGAGAGAAAUCUACCAGUCCCCCAGAGCAUGGAAGGAUCAUAAGAGCUAUGUGGACCAGGAGAUUGAAGCACUUCAAGAAAAAAUGAAAAAACUGCGAGAAGUAAGAGGUCAUCUGAAGAGGACACGGCCAGAUGAUUGUGACUGUGGAAAGAAGAGCUAUUAUAGCAAAGGACACAGAAACAAGGCAGAGAGAUUGAAGAGCAGGAAUGAUCAACUCCAUCCGUUUAAAGAGGCUGCGCAGGACAUAGACGGGAAGGCCCAGUUGUACAACGAGAUCCGCAGGAGAAAGAAGGAAAGGAAGGAGAAGAAGCGCCAGAGGAAUGGCGACGACUGCAGCCUGCCAGGCCUCACUUGCUUCACGCAUAACAAUGACCACUGGCAGACGGCUCCCUUCUGGACACUGGGGGCAUUCUGUGCGUGCACCAGCUCCAACAACAACACGUACUGGUGCCUGCGAACAAUCAACGAGACCCACAACACGCUCUUCUGCGAAUUCUCCACCGGCUUCCUGGAGUACUUUGACCUCAACAGUGACCCCUACCAGCUUACCAACGCGGUAUAUGCAGUGGAUCGAGAGGUGCUGAACACACUCCAUGCCCAGCUCAUGGAGAUGAGGAGUUGUCAAGGAUACAAGCAGUGUAACCCUCGCCCUAAAGGCUUGGAUACAGCACACAGCCAAUAUGGGAAGGACGACAAGGUUAAGCUACCCAACUUGACAGAUGAGGAGGUGAACUGGCAGGGACUGGAGGAUUUGUAUAGCAUAAACGAAAGCCUGUAUGAAUGUAGGCCUGACUACAGCCCCAGCCCAGAGAAUUGGGACAACUUCCAGAAGGAUGUAGAUAAAAUGUUUGCACUGCGACACGUUUUUAACAACCAAACCCAUAAGCUUGACGACUCCACCCUGCCAGAGCUGGGCUCCGGGGCCGGGGGUGGAGGGCUUGAAGUGGGCAGCGGAGAAGAGCUGGCUUCUGCCAGUGACGUCUGGCCGGGCUUAGUCACAGAGACUCGCCUCACCACCCCCAUCCCCAGCAAAAUACCAUCGGCACCACCCACACCCAGGCCCACAUUGGAACAGAAACUGGAGCCUGCUGUCAACGACCUUCCCGAGAGGCUUGUAAACGGACCUGAGACGUCUGUUAUGUCAAAAUCAGCAGUGAUAUCAUCACCAGGUCUGAGUAGAAGCAGGGAUGUCCUCCAGAGCGAUACGUGGGCGCAGCUGCUUGAGGAGAUUGAAGGCGAAACUUUUAGCGGGAAUGGGCUGACAGAGCUCGAAACGCGACACGAUGACCUCUUGCGUACUCACAACAGCCUGCGAGCCCAGCUAGAACUCGGCCCCGGUCACCGAAUGACCAUCAGCCCACAGGGUCUUAGUCAUAACCUGGACCCUGAAGAGGAGGAUGAUAUUUUCCACGCCCAAGGCUUUCUCCCUUUUGUCUCGCAGACUCUGAGGCCUAAGGUCCAAGCUAGCACCACAGGGAGCCCUCCCACCACCACCACCAUCCCCACCACACAGACUAGCACCCCACAGAGUGUCAGGGUGGUGCUGCCUCAGUCAGCUCUGCCCGUCACCUUGGACUACGAGGGCAGCGGCUCUCUGCCUCAACCCUCCAGUCAGACCCUCUGAGGCAGACUCACGCUCUGGCCAGCCAGCCAAUAAACUUCUGGUCACCAUAGAGACACGGUGAUUAAGGAGAGCUAGCCAAGAGCGAAGCAAAAAGAAUAAUGCCACCUCAGCCAGUCAGAGUUGUAUAAUGAGUAUUAAAGUUAUUGUUUAUUUUUUUACUGUUGCCUACAAUUAUUAGUAAACAGUGUUAUGUUUCUUUUUCCUCAAAUAUAUAUAUAUAUAUAUAUAUAUAUAUAUGUAUAUAUAUAUUUAGAAAAAAAAGCCUUAAUGCAGCUAAACUUAAGUGUUGGAAUUAAAAACGCUGAAUUCCACAUGGAUAACAACACCAUCGAUGUUUUUAAUAUAUGUUUUUAUGAAAAACGGUGUGAGUGGUUAAACCAUCCCUGAAUGGGUGAUUAGCAUCGAGUUAGGUACGCUCCAUUCUUCAAACAGUUUAUCCUAAACCUGCCCAGUCGCGACAAACUCCCAUCACAAUCCACAAGCACUUUCAAAUAGCCCUCCCCACCCAAAAAAAUAAUGACCCUGGUCCUCCACUGCCUGUCUGCUGUGAACUAAGUUUUAUGAAAUAAUUUUUAAAAAAGUUACAGAAUUAGCAUAACAUUUUUUUUUUGCUUUUAGACAAUCACGGCACAGAUUAACAGUCAGCAAACAAACACGUUUGUGUUGUUUUUUAAAUAAAGAUUUUCUUCACUGAUCACACAAACACCAGAGGCGGUAGAACGUCUUCCUCGUGUGGUUCUGUAACUUUUUAAAGAAAGUCACCGUACGACAGAGAAUGGUGUUGCACAUGGCCAGUUCAUUUCAAGGCGGUUACAUUAUGACACACUGUUACAGGUUUGUCCAUGUCAGUAAAACCCUAAAAGGUCCUCCAAGGGCAACGUUUCACAUCUCCUGGCUUGGAAACUGGUUUCACGAAGCCCCUUUUUUCUUUGCAGCAUUAGCCGUGUGUGUAGAAAUGAUGGAACAACUCUGGUUUUGGGAAAGCCAUGACGCUGUUAAGAAAUAAAACCUUUCACCCUCAA